CUUGUGGGCCAGGUAUUUCCCCUUGCCUGGUCAGCCCUGCAGGGUACUGAAGGAGGCUGAGCAGGAAGCUGACGCUGAGGGAAGGGGGAGCCUGAAUAGGUGUGAGCAGGAGGAUGGGAGCUGGCGCAGGCAGUGGGUGCAGCCGCCAGACACCGAGCCAAGGAGACCCGCGCCAGCAGCCCGUCAGCUGGGCUUCCGGAAGCCCCGGGAGCGCUGAGAGCCUGGGAAGGGACUUCUCAGGAGCUGCCACCAUCUCACCAGCGGCCGCCUGAUGGGAAACUCCCCAGCGUCCUCUUUCAUGGGCAGCUUCCUCACCAGCAGCCUGGGCUCAACAGCUUCUGCACACCCCAGUGGCCCCACGUCCUCCCCCUCUGAGCAGGCCUACCGCGGAUCCCACCCCGCCACCUCUCAGAUCUGGUUCUCCCACUCCCACGAAGCUCCUGCAUACCCUAGAUUUUCGGGGAGCCUGGCAUCUACCUUCCUACCCGUGAGCCACUUGGAUCACCAUGGAAACAGCAAUGUUCUCUAUGGGCAACAUCGUUUCUAUGGAACCCAAAAAGAUAACUUUUACCUGCGCAACCUGCCCCCCCAGCCCACCAUCCUGCCUGCCAACCACAACUUCCCUGGCGUGGCCCGAGCCACUCCUGCCCACCCCAUCGGCUCCUGCAGCCGGGAUCGCGUUGAGGCCACACCCUUGCAGAAAGGCCCUAAGGAGUUUGACCGCUUCCUCACGGGUAAAGAAUUGGGCAAAGAGAAAGCCAGCAAAGUUGCAGAGAGCAGGGAGCGGCCAGUGGCAGAGGGAGAGAACAGCAAGGAGCAACACAAGUUGGUGCCACCCAUGCCCACCGAGGGGCCCUGCAAGGAGGGGGGACCCACACCCCGGGGCUCCUGUGAGGGCCGCCCCAAACACCUCACCUCCUGCCUGCUCAACACCAAGGUACUCAAUGGUGACGUGGGCAAGGCCUCCCUGGCUAGCUGCGCAGGGGGCAUGCUAGGCCGACCCGGCACAGGUGUGGCAGCAUCUGGACGCUGUGCAAAGGAGGUAGCAGGCCCCGUUGAGCCUGGGCCAGCCUUCAGUGAGUGCCUGGAGCGGCGGCAGAUGCUGCACCGUGCGGUAUCCUACACGGUGCCGUCCGGCCUGCCCACAGGGCCACCCCCGCCCCUCAGCACGGGCGCUGCAAACUCCUUCCCCUGCCUGCAGCUGCAUGCAGGCCCAGAUGGGCUCUGCCCCUUGCAGGACAAAGUCUCCCGGGACCUAAAGGCCAGUGGGCCCACCUUUGUGCCUUCUGUGGGACACCUGGCCGACAAGAGCCGCCCCUUCCAGGUAGCAGAGGCCUGUGCCGUGGGAAGUGACGGCAAGGACCGGCAUCUGGAUGGGGCCAUGGCCUCCGACCAUGCUGCACCGUAUGGAGUCUCCUAUGCCCACCUGAAGGCUGAGGGCAAGGGCGAGCGGCGACCUGGAGGCUUUGAGGCAGCCCUCCACCCCCGGCUAAAGGGCCUGGAGUAUCUUAGUGCAGGCCCUGAGGCCCCCUUCCCUGGACUCCCUAAAGGUGGUCUGGACAAAAGUGGUUACUUCGAGUUGCCUGCCCCUUCACAGGACUGUGCCCGGCCCAAUCACCAGGACCCGCUGGGCGGGAAGGCCACCCAGGCCUGCUGCACUUUAGACAAAGUGGCCAGCAAAGAGACCCCUGCUGGCCCCCCAGGAGCCCAGAAGGUGGCCCGGAUCCGGCAUCAGCAGCACUUGGUGGCCCCUGAGGUGGAGCCAGGAGGCAGCGGGGCCGAAGCGAAACGCAAGUCCCUGGAGCUGGCCUCUCUGGGCUAUAGCGGGCCCCAUCUGCCUCCAUGGAGUGUCCAGACGAAUCACAGUACCUCCAUGGCUAUCAGCGAGGAACGCAAGGGCAGUGCCUACCUGGACCCCUUUGGCAGUGGCCUGCAGCAGGCAGCCCUCCUGUCCCAGGAGCUGCCUAACCCGCCAGAUGAGGUGUCGGCCAUGAAGAGCCUGCUCAAGUACAGCAACCAAGCCCUGGUUGUGGGCCAGAAGGCGCCCUUUGUGGGCCUGGGUGGCUUCAAAGCCAGCUGUGUCCAGCAGGAAGCCAAGUUCCCAGCCACCAAGGGCCCAGGCCCAGUGGAGAGGCCUGACUGUGCCCGCAGCCGGGAGCACGAGACCCCACAUGGAGAUGGGGAGGUGCGGCAGCCACCAGUAGGCAUUGCGGUGGCCUUGGCACGGCAGAAGGACACAGUGAGCCGGCCUGAUACAGCCUACAGUACCAACAGUGGGCGACAGGGCAGGCCUGCCCCCACCUUCAAAGCUGGCGGGGGACCACGUGCUACCCAUGCUCUGGACCUCGAGAAUGAGGAGGAGAGGACACGGAUAUGUGAUGACCGCCUGGGACUGGCUGGCCGUGAACUGCUGUUACAGGACAACAAAGACCUCGUGGAAUUUGCCCGGAUCCACCCUUCAAGCAGCUGCCCUGGAGAACUGGCCCCCCACCUUAUGAUGCAGGGUGGACAGCUGGGUGGAGACCCGGCUUCCCACCCCCACCCUGCCCACCCCCACUGGCUGCCCCGUACCCGCAGUCCCUCCUUGUGGAUGGGGGGACAUUCUUACGGCCUCGGACACCCUGCCCUGCACCAGAAUCUACCCCCUGGCUUCCCAGCCUCUGUGCCAGGCUCCAUGCCCUCAGUGUUUCCCCUCCCCCAGGAUGCGCCCACACAGCUUGUCAUCCUGCCCUCAGAGCCCACAGCCCACACUGCCCCUCACACACUUGCUGAAGUUAUGGACCAGGCCUCACUGUGGCCCCCCAUGUAUGGUGCCCGGGGCCCUGCCUCACACAUGCAGCACCCUGGUCAGCUCCCUGUGUACUCACGAUCGCAGCUGCUGCGACAGCAAGAGCUAUAUGCACUGCAACAGCAGCAGCAGCAGCAACAGCAGCAGCAGCAGCAGCAACAGCAGCAACAGCAGCGGGCUGCUCAGGCCCUGGAGCUACAGCGGGUUACCCAGUUCCAGCGCAAGCCUGAAGACCGACACAUGGAGCUGGAGGAGCCUGCCCAGGAGAAGGCCCCCAAAUCCACCCAUAAGCCAGUUGCCUUAACCCCCAUGGCCAAGGGCACCCCCCCAUCCGCCACUGCAGGCCUGGUCAAGCUGUCACCCUGCUGCCACUCACCCACUCAGAAGACCCCCACCAGUUGCCCCACACCACCGCCUCGUCCCAGCGCCCCCUGCACUUUAGCUGUCUGUCCUACUGGCAGCCCAGGGCCUGGCUCCAAGGUACCUAGCGCCAAGGACAAGAGAGGGGCGGGCCAGCAGGCUGGAACCAACCUCACCACACUGGAACCAGACCUGCCUCCAGGAUUGAACCCCACAGCUGGCAUGGGCUUCUCCUCCCUCCCCUCAGAUGUGCACUCCUCUGACCUCCCGGACCCCCAAACUAUGCAAACCACCACCCCAGGGACCCGGUCUGAGCCCACAAGGACGUUCCUGCCUGGGGAGCCACCUCCCUGCAGCCCCAGGAACCUAGAGGAGCCUAGGCUGCUCUCAGAGGCCAGGGAGGCCACUGAGGACCUUGCCAUUGUACCCCACUCCAUCAAGCGGGGAUCCCCGGGAAAGGCAGAGGACCCCAGCCCACUUGAGGGGCUACGAGCACUGAGAUUCGGAGCCCUCCUCGUGGAAGAGGGCACCGAAGCCACUGACCAGACUAAUUCUACUCAGGGAGGGGUGCAAGAGGAGGAGACUGGGGAGCAGGGGCUGCCACAGCCCCCUUCAGGGGGCGCCCCACAAGCACUGGAACAGGAAACAGGGAGCCCAGUUGCCCUGGAUGAGGAUGAAGGCACACAGCAGGCCCCUGAUACAGCCCAGCUUCAGGAGGAUGAAGUGCAGCUGGCGGAAAGUAGGGGGUGCUCAGAGGCAGACUGGGGGGCUCCCAGCCACAGCCACCCAUUCAGAGCACUGCCAGGCUUGGACGCCUUGGUGGCUGCCACUGUGGACCUGGGCGACCUGCCUAACAUCAGCCUGCCAGACCCUCAGACCCCAGCAGCCUCCAUGCCCCCCAGCACAGCCCUCCUGCCCCGUAGCUCAGGGAUUCAUGGAAUUGCCCUGCUCAGCGAGCUGGCUGACCUGGAGAUCCAACGGCAGAAGAGCGAGCUCACGGUGCAAGCAGAGGAUGAAGACGUGCUGGCCUUCAAUCUGCAGCACCUUGCCACGCUAGCCACAGCCUGGUCCCUGGUGGAAGCUGCCAGCCUGGACAGUUCAGUCACCUCACUGCAGCCCCCAGCUGCUGACCCAGGCAGCUGUCCCAGGCUCACCCCUCGAAUGCAGAUCUUGCAGCGCAAGGACACCUGGGCCCCCAAAACCAAGCCUGUGUGCCCUCUGAAAGCUGCCAUUGACCGGCUAGACACACAGGAAGUGGAAAUGCGCAUGCAGCUGGCAGAGCUGCAGCGACGCUACAAGGAGAAGCAGCGGGAGCUUGCACGCCUGCAGCGCAGACAUGACCAUGAGAGAGAGGAGAGCUCACGGAGUCCUGCACGGCGGGGACCUGGCAGGCCGAGGAAGCGCAAACACUCCAACUCGCUGUCCACCCUGCGUCCUGGAGGCCAGCUCACCAGGAAUGAUGGCAAGAAAGCCAAGACUGUGCGUGCCAGUCUGAGUCUACUGUGUGCUGAGCUUCGGGGUGACGAGCCCACAAGAAAGCGAAACAAACUAGAAAAGAGCGUCUAUGCGGGCCUGCAGACGGCUGCCUCGGAGAAGGUGCGAUGCAAGAGGAGCAGUGGCCAGGCAGAGCUGUCGUCUUCAGUGGACCACAAGGUGGCCCACCUGAAGCCGAAGGUCAAGAACACGGGGUUGCCUGCUGGCCUCAGCGCCUUCCAGCGCAAAGAGGCCACCCCAGGUGGGCGCAUCCGGAAGAAAUUGUCCAGAGCCAAGAGUGUCAAGGUGUCUGGAGCAGUGCAGCACCCACACCCUGAUGGGGAUGGUGGCAGGGAGAUGCCCAAGUUCCCGCCUCAGCCCGCAGUGACUGUGGCACAUGAGGCAGGCAGUGACUAUGACAGUGAGGAUUGCCAGGCACUCCUGGGGACAGAGGCAGGUCCCAGGGAACCUGGACUGUUGCUGCACCCAGGGGCCAGUGUGGCGACGCUGGGACCCUCACCCUCCUCCGUGGUCAAGAUGGAAGCCAACCAGAAGGCCAAGAAGAAGAAGGAGAGGCAGGGCUUGCUAGGGGCCUGCCGCCUGUCCAGCCCUGAGAGUGAGGUUAAGAUCAAGAGGAGGACAGUGAAGGCCAAGGCGGGCACCAAGCUGGAGCGAGCCCCUGGCCGGCGGCCCCCAGGCACACCAGGCAAGAAGGUCAAGGACAAGACAAGGGGUGGCCUGUGCGCAGAGCCGGGGGCUGCCGCCACCAGGGAUGCUCUUUUCAGCCCCACCCGGACCUUUGCCUGCCGAGAGGAGGGCAGCAAACUAGCCAGUGAGCGCCUCAAGAGAGCCACACGCAAGAGCACCGUGCUGCAGCCAGUACUGCGGCGGAAGAAUGGGGCGCUGUCCAUUGCCCUGUCAGCCCGCAAUGCCAAGGCCAUCUUGGAGAAGGGCAGGAAGCUGGCAAAGAUGAAAAGUGAGACCAUCGGCAAGCAGGGCCAGGGCCGAGCUGUGAGCCGGCUGCUGGAGAGCUUUGCUGUGGAGGAUGACUUCGAGUUUGACGAUGACAGCAGCUUCUCAGACGAGGAGGGGGAGGAAGAGGAGGCCGGUGUCCAGCUAAGUGUGGAGCAGAGUGCCGCCCUGGGUAAGCAGCAUGGGUGUCAUCUGCCUGGGAGGGAGUGGUGGCCGGGCCCAGUGGGCCGGGGCCCAGCACUGACACUCUGUCCUUCAGCACGCUCCUGCAGCAUCCGCAAGGAGGACCUGCAGGACGGACUGCCUGUGCUGAUCCCCAAGGAGGACAGCCUGCUGUAUGCAGGCAGUGUCAGGACCCUGCAGCCCCCCGACAUCUACAGCAUCGUCAUCGAGGGUGAGAGAGGCAACCGCCAACGUAUCUAUUCGCUGGAGCAGUUGCUGCAGGAGGCAGUUCUUGAUGUCCGGCCACAAUCCAGUCGGUACCUUCCACCUGGUACCCGGGUCUGUGCCUACUGGAGCCAGAAGUCUCGGUGCCUAUACCCAGGCAAUGUGGUUCGAGGUGCCUCUAGUGAUGAGGAAGAGGAUCUGGAUUCUGUGGUGGUAGAGUUUGAUGACGGGGACACAGGCCACAUCGCUGUCUCUAACAUCAGGCUGCUGCCUCCAGACUUCAAGAUCCAGUGUACAGAGCCCUCCCCAGCCCUGCUGGUCUCCGGCAGCUGUCGGAGGACCAAAAAAGCGUCCAACGAGCCUCCCCCACCCAGCGAAGCCCCCACUCCCGGCCAGUCCCCCAAAGCGCAGGAUGGUCCCGAUUCCAAGACCCCCGGGAAGAAAUCUGUCGGCAAAGACAAAGCUGGCAAAGUCGACCUCCUAACCUCAGGUGCCAAGUCCCCCACGGGGGCCCCAGACCACUUCCUAGGCCGCAGGGGCAGUCCCCUGCUGAGCUGGUCGGCAGUGGCUCAGACCAAGCGGAAGGCAGUGGCUGUGGCGGCGGCAGGUGGCAAAGGGCCGGGGGUGCUGCAGAACCUCUUCCAGCUCAACGGCAGCGCCAAGAAGCUGCGGGCCCGUGAGGCCCUGUUUCCCAUGCAUAGCAUGCCCGCUCCCGUGUUCGGCAACGGCUUCCGAGCUGACUCCUUCAGCAGCCUGGCCAGCUCCUACACGCCCUUCGUUGGAGGGACUGGCGCGGGCCUGCCCGGGGGAGCCCACAAGCUGCUUAGAGCCAAGAAGGUUGAGCGGGCCGAAGCUGAAAAGGCUGAGCGGCGGAGGGCGGGCAGCGAGUUCCUGGUUAAGCUGGACCAUGAAGGCGUGACCUCCCCCAAGAACAAGAAUUGCAAGGCUUUGCUCACGAGCGACAAGGACUUUGGCCCCAAGCUGGGGCGACCUCUACCCAGCCCCAGCUAUGCACAUCCAGCCCUUGUGGGCAAGGACAGGAAGGGGCGGGCACCCAUGCAUCCCCUGCCCAUGGGGCUGGCCUUGCGAAAGUACACAGGCCAGACUGAGUACCCACUUCCCUGUGAUAGUGACUGUCCCAGCUCCUACUCGGAUGAGGAUGAGGAUGGGCCAGGGCUGGCCACUGGUGUGCCCUCCCGCUUCCUCACCCGUCUGUCCAUGUCAUCCUCCUCCUCCGGCUCGUCCACAUCCUCCUCCUCAGGCUCCAUGUCCACCUCCAGCCUCUGCUCGUCAGACAAUGAGGAUUCCUCCUACAGCUCAGAUGACGAGGACCCUGCCCUACUGCUGCAGACCUGUCUCACCCGCCCUGUACCCACCCUCCUGGCCCCACCGGAAGCCCUGCGCUCCAAAGGUGGUAGCCCCCAUACCCAUGCCCAGCGCUGCUUUCUGUCCAGGGCCGGGGUGGCUGGUGCGGGUACGGGCGCAGGACCCAGCGGUGGCAAAUCCAAGCUCAAACGCAAGGAGGCCCUGAGCUUCUCCAAAGCCAAAGAGCUUUCUCGGAGGCAACGGCCGCCUUCCGUGGAAAACCGGCCAAAGAUCUCAGCCUUCCUACCUGCCCGUCAGCUCUGGAAGUGGUCGGGGAACCCCACACAGAGGCGGGGCAUGAAGGGGAAGGCCAGGAAGCUGUUUUACAAGGCCAUCGUCCGUGGCAAGGAGACAUUACGCAUUGGGGACUGUGCAGUCUUCCUGUCCGCUGGACGGCCCAACCUGCCCUACAUUGGCCGCAUUGAGAGCCUGUGGGAGUCUUGGGGAAGCAACAUGGUAGUGAAAGUCAAGUGGUUCUACCACCCUGAGGAGACCAAGCUGGGGAAGCGGCAGAGCGACGGGAAGCAGAACGCGCUGUAUCAGUCCUGCCAUGAGGAUGAGAACGAUGUGCAGACCAUCUCCCACAAGUGCCAGGUGGUGGGGCGUGAGCGGUACGAGCAGAUGACGCGGAGCCGCAGACACCGGGACCAGCAGGACCUCUACUACUUGGCAGGCACCUACGACCCUACCACUGGGCGCCUGGUGACAGCUGACGGCGUGCCCAUCCUGUGCUGAGCUGCGUUUGUCUCUGCCCACCCUAGCCGACGGGUGUGGCCAAGAGGUCGGCUGGCCAGGAGCCGGUCUGAGCAGAUAUGCACCCCCCCCCGGGGGGGGGCAGGAUGAGGGCUCUCCUUGGUGUUCUAUGGAGAGUGCUUUUAGGCUGGACCCUAGUCCCACCCUAGCUGCUCCACAGGGAGGGCCGGGCUAUCCCUGAGGGGACCUGCGGCUCUGCCUCUGCACCACAGUUCUCGAGAGAUUAGAAUCCAAGCCAUAUUUCCCUAGUACCUCCGACUGUCUCCCACCAGGGAAAGCAGAAAUCAGGUGUGUUGUCUAUUUAUUUCUCUAUGUAAAUAUUGUAUUUCUGUGGCGGUGUUUUAUGGAAAAAAGUGGAAAAGGAUUUUUCCCCACCUGAGAGACAAAGGUGGACAUGUGUGUAUGUAUGUGCACGCUUAUGUGUGCAUGUGUGUGUGUGUGUGUGUGUGAGAGAGAGAGAGAGAGAGAGAGAGAGUAGGGAUUUUGUUCUGGGAUUUUCUUUGGAAAUGCACUGUUCUCCUCAGUCUAGCUGAGUUCCAGUGGAGGUUGGGGGCACCUGUGACUGCAGAGGCUGCUGGAGUGGGGGCAAGGCCAAAGGCCUCGGGAUAGGUCAGAUCCCUGUCAUACCCUCCAGUAUCUUGGAGGCUAACCGUGUGAAAUGGAAGUCACACUGUAGUUUGUCCCCUUUCAGUAGUUCUCCUACAUAAACGUAUUUGGGUUAGGGGCGGGGGCAGUGAUGGUAGUCCCCCUGGAAUCCCAGUCACAAGAUGAAAACUAGGAUCAGCCUGUCCCCCCAGCCCAGGAGUGUGGCAGCAGCCAUGUGUACCUUACCUCUGUUAAAAACAAAAUAACGAACAAAUAUUUUGAAGUAUCAGUAAGAAAAAUGGAGGUUUAGAUUUUGUUUCCUGAGUAUUCCAAGUUAUUUCUGGUUUCCGUUUCUAAGGCCAAUUUGUGGCAGGGAGAGAAGUCUGGCCUCACUCAGAGCAAGGUGUGAUCAUCCCCUAGUCCCCCUCCACCCCAACCACUUGAGCUCCAUACAUAACCUCCAGGAGGCCAACUGCCCUUCCCGAGAGCAGCAGGGCCACCACAAUGGUGCAGCUGGUCCAGAUCCCUGUCUGGGUCAGAAUUUGGGGCCCACCUGGGGCUGGUCCACAGUUCCCUCUUAAGUUCUUCUCACUACUAAGACUCCCCUUUCCCCACCACACUCUCCCUGGAGUCCCACCACCUCUGGCUAACCUCAAAUGUAGAUAGGAGUCAGGUUGGUUCAGAGUUGCUGGGGUUAGGAAGGACAGUAGAAAGGCAGGCACUGCCCACCCAAGGGAGAAAGGCAUCUCUGGUUCCUCUUCCCUCAACCCAGACCCUGGGCCCACCCCACCCCACCCCCAUGGCAAUUUCUGGGUCUGUUUUGUACCUACUCGGCAGGGCAGAUAGCAUGGCAGGCUCAUGCAUGGCCUCUUGUACCCACACCUUAGCCCCAAGUACCAGGAAAGCCCAGGAACCCUCACUUCUCCCAUAAUGGACAGAGCAGGCCAGACCUAUGGCCAAAGACCCAUGUUCUCAGCAAUGCCUUUGGCUACAUGUUCCCCAUGUCCUACCAGGCCAAGGCUCUGUGGCCCCACGGGGAGGGGCAGGAAAUCCCUGGGAAGCAAGGGGUGUCAAUGGGCACCCAACACUAACUGGGACCCCCUCAACCUCCCUUUCUUUGCUCAGGCCCACCAAGAGCCUGUCCCAAACCCAGGGACUUCAUUUCCCUCAGCGGUUGCCCAAAGGGCCACUCCUGGUGGCCUACAGGGUGUCCGAGAGUACCCCGCCUCAAGCUGUCCCAUCACCUCGAGGCUCCCUGUGUCUCCACUUGUGUGCAAUAUUUCACUCCUGGCGGUCUCAGGGGAGAUGGCCGCCAAGGUCUUGUUCACGGCUAAGGAGUCAGAAAGAUGGCGAGUAAGAAGACAUAUGCCAGGGUUGGUGCUAGGAAGAGGCUGCUUGGCACCCCAGUACCCAGGAGCGAGCAGAAGGCCCGUUUUGUGGGCCGCCUUCUGGAUGUUUCUUUCCCUCCUCCUGAGCUGUCCUCGUUGUCCUCAUCUUUUCCUUCCUGUUUCCUUUCUGUUUGUGCACCAACAGCCUGACCCCCUCCUCCCCAACCGUGGUUAACCGUGGCGAAAGCACGAUUCUUGUAAAUGUGUAAACUAAGAGGCUGGUUGGAAUUUUUUUUUCAAUGUAAACACUAAAAACAAACAAAAAACACAAAGAUUUUAUGAACAGCAAACUAUGUAAAGGCAUUUUAGUAUUAAAUUUUUUAUUGAUAACUUGCUUAAGAAUAAAUAUAUGAACUAUUGUACAGGU